AUGCAGGGGAUAUUGAGAAGAAUCGCGCAAAGAGUGUGCUGUGCGUACCGCACGGUAUCCUUCGUGGCGGCGUCCUUAAUAUCCGGAACUCCACCGGUUGAGUUUCAAGCGCGUAGACUGGCGAUUGUCUAUUUUAGAACCAGAAACGCUAUUGAGGUUGAUGAGGAGAUUUCUCCCGGUACCAGGGCAAAGUGGUACCGGGAGGCGAAGCAACAGGUGCUGUCGGACUGGAGGGAGAGCCUGAUGAAAUUAAAUCAUACCCACCCCAGCUUCAGGCUCCGUGAAGCCCUGGUUGAUAGGCUGAAAGAGUGGGUUAAUAGAAGACAUGGAUGGGUCACCUAUCAUAUGACCCAAUUUUUAACAAACCACGGGUGCUUUAACGAAUUCUUGCAUAAAAUUAGGAAAGCAGACUCCGCAAUCUGUUAUCACUGUCUCGACGCUGUGGAUACUGCUCAGCACACCCUCCAGUUCUGCAGCGCUUGGAGCGCCGAUAGAACAGAAUUGACGCGGGUUAUCGGGGACCAAUUAGACCUCCCGUCUGUUAUAGAAUCCAUCUUAGAUAGUAUCGAUAAGUGGAGGGCCUUCUCUGUCUUCUGUACAAAGGUAUUAACCUGUAAAGAGGCGGCGGAAAGACAGAGACAGGCAGCGAAUCGGAAACAAAUAACGGGCCAUAUGGACUCCGAAAUAUCGGAAUAA